CGGGGUAGGGAUGGCGGUACGACUUUGGGGGAUUGGAAGCAGCUGAGAGCAGUGCGAGUAGGUCACACCGUCGACCAGAGUGGCAGUCCGCGUUUUGGAGAACGGCACGGUUGUCCCACAGAAGACAGCUCCCCGACCUCCUGUUGUCUUCGACCGGCUCUCGUACCUUUUUCUCAUAUCACCCUCAGAUGCACGAUUAUUCAUUUACGUGCGACAACCGUCCGGGCGGCCCUCUCGCCCGGUAGCGUAAUCUUUUAAAACGGCCGCCCCUAAAACUUACGACCCUCUACCUCGAACGAUUGAGAUUGCCUCUUCUCAAGAGAAAGGAUCGAAUGAUCCUCGAGUGGCCGGAGUGGAUUUAUCAGUCCGAGACACUCGCCCUAGCCGUCACGACGCCGUGCCGAGGGAGAUCGUAGAUCGAUUCGGGGGAGACGCGCAAGAUCUUCAUCUCCCCCGUUUUUUUUUUUUCGACCGUACCGUCGAGAGUGAUGAGAGACAACACUGGUAGCCGAGUCCUCUCCUCUCGCGAUUAGAGAUACGCGCGCGAUAACUGAUGAAACCCGAUGUCCCACGGUACACGGAAACAACGAAGAAAAGUUAAGUGGUGAAAGGAAGGGAAUAGACCAGGCGGGGGAAAGAGAAAGAGAAAGAGAAAAAGACAGAGACAUUCAAUUUGCUUUCUUUGCUGCGGUGCACUGUGCGUUCCAAGUUCCGUCAAGUUUCCCCGAUUUCUUUCUGCCCACGGUGCGCGUAUGUGGCGAGAAGUUACUACCGUAUCCGAAGAGAAAGAGAGGGACUACCGCGAGUGCGGUCGAGCGUGAUGAAACUUGCCGCACUUCGGGCUACAUCGCGAGGGCCACGUAACGAUCGUACUAUGUGAUACAAAUCCUUUUGUUGUCGCCGCGGACGAUCCGGUUGUUAUCGUUAUUGUUGUUGUUGUUGUUGUUCUUGUUGUUGUUGUUGUUGUUCCUCUUGCCGCGUACGUCGAGUUCGCACAUUGCGUUCGCGUUAAUUAACGCGGUUAUCUCCCGCUGCGCGCAUCUCGAUCUUUCAGUGCGUGCGCUCAAGCUCGUGCACUUCCGGUGUACCGGUGAUGCGGGACGGUUCGAUACACGCGCCACGUAUACGGAAACGCGCGCGUGUUUGUUGUGUAUGCGCGCGCGCGCGCGCGUGUGCGUCUAUGUGUGUGUACAUGUGCUUUUCUUUGCGCGCAUUAUAUUCUUACACGCAUGACGGUGUCACGUUCAAGCGUCACUUGCGUAAUCUAGGACAUUAAAGAGCGCCGCGAUUGUGUGAUAAUUUUAACGACCGCCAUUCAAUGAGACGUAACGAGCGAGCCGGCCCAGCCACUUGGAAAUUGGGUUAAAUAGAAUAACUGAACUUCCAAACCAUCGAGUCGAACUUCCGACCUGUAUAGCCUAGCUGCUUGCCGAUGAUGUUUCCUUCGGAAUAGCUCUUUCUCUUAUCUCGUUUAAUAUAUAAACACUCCUACGAGCGGCGGAGAGCGCGUUCGAAUAAAAACGUAGGACCGCGAAGGAGCAGAACGGCAAGAAGGAGGAAGAAAAAGGUAGGAGAACGAAGAAGCGCGAGCGGCGCCCGGCCGAGAACGAAAAGGAUAACAUCGCGAGCUACAAUAAAUGUAGCAGGAGGAAUCGCGCCGAGAAGAGGCCGCCGAUCGAAAAACGAUAAAUCGAGCUUAUUGUUCGCGGAAGGCGGCCUACUCGAUACCGACGCGCGUCGGGAUCGAUAGCGCGUGGCCGUCGAGGGCACAGGAGAGGUGAAUUACCUGCGUCAACGAGAACAUCGAAUCGAUCCAUCGAAGCGAGCCAAGUUCGCGCAACUGCACCUUCCGUCGUUGCACCGUCGUCGUCGUAAAGUUUCUCUUCUUCGUCGCGAGAUACGAGACGGCGGAAGAAAGUUUGUACUUAGGACGCCCGGAGGAGAGUCCGGAAUAGGACGAGCGACGAAGGGAAACGGCGACGGGGGACCGAACCAUGAAACGAGAUGUAUCGACGAGCUGCCAGCGGAUCGGCAACGGGCACGUAGAGUGUGUCGCCAUCGGGAGAUAAAGCGGGCGCGCGCGAGCGAGCGAGGGUACGCGAGCGACCGUUUCCGGCGUUGGGAGAUCUCCCGGAAAAUCGGCGAGGAGGUCGAUCGAAUUCGCGGAACGCUUCGCGCCUCGAGUAUCCUGAGUCCUUUUAGGCGGUGGCGGCGGCGGAGGUGGAGGUAACUCGAAAAUGGAAAUGGCGGCGUCGGCUAUGUUGGACGGCCUGAAAAACAAUCGUAUCGGCAAGCUGGCGCUGUCGCGCUUCUUGUCGCAGAGUCUAGCGCAAUUAGAGACGACCGGUAGUCCCUCUAGCAAAUCUCCAGCAAGUGGUAGCGGCGGCCCCGCGAGCGGUGGAGCAGGAGCAACAGCGGCACCAGGAAGCGGCGCCAGCAAUGCCGGAGGCGCGGAACCCCGUACGCCAACGACCGGGCCGCAGAACAAGCAGCUGCAAAAUGUCAAAGGAGAACACCCCUCGAAAGCGUUUCUACAGAGCAGGUCCAUCUCCUUGGUCGACAUGUACAUCGAUAAUUCGGAACCGAGCGAGAAUGUUGGUCAAAUCCACUUCAGUCUCGAGUACGACUUCCAGAACAGCACGCUCAUUCUGCGCAUCAUACAGGGUAAAGACCUGCCGGCGAAGGACCUGUCGGGUACUUCCGAUCCGUACGUACGUGUGACGCUGCUGCCGGACAAGAAACACCGACUCGAGACAAAAAUCAAAAGGCGCACAUUGAAUCCGAGAUGGAACGAGACGUUCUACUUCGAAGGUUUUCCUAUACAGAAGCUGCAGAGCAGAGUAUUACAUCUACACGUCUUCGACUACGAUCGAUUCUCGAGGGACGACUCCAUAGGGGAAAUGUUUCUGCCGCUUUGCCAGGUCGAUCUAUCCGAGAAACCAUCGUUUUGGAAGGCUCUUAAGCCGCCGGCUAAAGAUAAAUGCGGAGAACUCUUGUGCUCGCUGUGCUAUCAUCCAAGUAAUUCCAUAUUGACGUUAACUCUCUUAAAGGCGAGGAAUCUGAAAGCUAAGGAUAUCAACGGAAAGUCAGAUCCGUAUGUCAAAGUGUGGCUACAGUUUGGCGACAAGAGGAUCGAGAAACGCAAGACUCCUAUUUUUAAAUGCACCUUAAAUCCAGUAUUUAACGAGGUAUUCUCCUUUAAUGUACCGUGGGAGAAGAUCAGGGAAUGCUCUUUGGAUGUAAUGGUAAUGGAUUUCGACAACAUUGGACGAAAUGAAUUGAUCGGCCGAAUUCAGCUCGCAGGAAAAAAUGGAAGUGGCGCGAGCGAAACGAAACAUUGGCAGGACAUGAUUACAAAGCCGAGGCAGACCAUUGUGCAGUGGCAUCGCUUGAAGCCCGAGUAAAGGACACGCUCACCUUGAUCGACGACAAAUGAUAUUCUGUCGGGCGGGUUCCCUCCCCUCACCCUUCCCCCUGAGGCGCGUCGCUCGUCAAAGUUACGUUAACGAGACAACUCUUUUUUUUUUCCUCCUCUUUUGCUCGAUAUUCUCCACCCGCAACCGAUCUCAACGAGAGAGAGAAAGAGAGAGAGAGAGAGAGAGAGAGAGAGAGAGAGAGAGAGAGAGAGAGAGAGAGAGAGAGAGAGAGAGAGAGAAAGAGAGUACCGUAUCCUUCGACGACUGUACAAUAUCCUCGGCAUCGCGCGAUGCGAUGCUCUUAGCGACGCUGGUCGUCGGGGAGCAGUGCCGAUCACGUGUUACAUUGCGAUUAGAGAUCCAAGGCGUUAUUCUCGUUAUCGCCCCGUUGUUGAGCUGUCGUCGCGUACUAACGAGCAACGACCGGCGAUGAAUCGUCGUUGUCGUUCGUACGACGGCGAACCUUUAAUCUGUCAGAUGUUUCGGGCGUGCGAGCGAGCGUUCUGAACGCGUUGUUCGAUACGAUCGACUGGCCUCGGGCAUUAAGCCCAAAUCACACUAGCGAUUGACAAUUGCGAUUGACGAUUACUUUUUAAACCAAUCAGAGCAAAAUAGUCGGUGGCUGCUUUGCUCUAAUUGGUUGAAAAGUAAUCGCUAAUCGUCAAUCGCAAUCGUCAAUCGCUAGGUGUGAUUUGGACUUUAGGCGAUAAGAACGACGAGAUCCGUUGAGACCUUGCAGAAAUUAAUAGUUCAAGAGAAGGGACAGCAAAACGGACGGCUACGAAGGAGACUCAGUCUUCCGUCGUAGCGAAAUCGGACAGCCUCAUCGGGCAUGCCGAGUGCGCCGGUUCCUCUCUUAUCUUCACCCUCUUCUCCCUCCCAGCCCAUCCUCUUCUCCGUGUCCACCUCGUUGCCGCCCGGUGCGGCGUUUAACGACACAGGGUCUAACGAAAUUGUAUCGCGAGGUAAAGUCGGUUGUUCUCACUUUAGAAGCGAGCAAUCCGAGCGUAUUUCCCACACAGACCUCCUAAAGGGACGUCCCAAAGACGUUCAGAGGACGCACUAAGAAUGUUCAUACGCCCUAAGGACGUUCCUAGAACGUCUCUCGGACAAAGCGUGUGCCGUGUGGGUGAUUGCUCGUCGGUUUCGCGCGAACGUCCGCGAUGGACGUUUAACGUCUUCAGUCGCAUUUAAAUGUCUCGCGGCUGUUUCGCGAGGCUUUUGUACACCGUUUGAGUCUGCGCUCGAGAUCACGUCGGAACUGCAGACAUUAAAAUCAAAGGGGCAAGUAAACGGAUGAGAUACGUGUUGCGUUCUUCCGCAAAAGGGGAGCGAUACUUUUACGGAUGGAAAUUUGCGGUGGAUAACUCGAUCUUGUUGAAACUUGUGGAUCAAAGAUCCGCGUGCAGCAUGAAAUUUCGCUACCGCAAUGAUCGAUUCGAGAUUAAAAAGAGUGAUAAAACGAUCGACACGUUACGCAUGGCUUUUUCCUUUACUUGCCCCCUGUCUAACUGGCGUCAAAUUAUCUCGCGUCAAGAGGAUGGAACCUGAACUGUAAAGCCAAUAAGCUUUCUUAAACAAUGAAUAAUACUUCAGCGUAAUGGCGCAACGUUACAAAUUUGCAUUUCAAGACGUUUGUAUUAAACGUUAUCAAUAUGCAUUAAGAUGUAUUGCGUGAUCAGGAUCUAUCAAUAUCGCGAAACUUAUCGUUUAUAUAAUCGGAUCUUCGUUAUAGGAGUUAAAAGUUCCAUACAAGCAUACUGUAACAAACGACAAACAAACGUUUUGCACGUCUGCUUUAUUUAUAUUGUAUAUUUGCUUGCCCCUUUGCAUUCGCGUUCUCAAAUUUGUAUCUGAGAAAAAAUGUUUUCGAAGUUUGCUCCUUUCCAGCGAAUAUUCCUCCAAGGAAAUUUCUUAUUGGCACAAUUUUUAGGUACGACCGUUAAAAGAAUUAUGGCCAUAUGUUUAUAAAUAAAUUAAGGAGUUUCCAAAUUCUAUUCUAAAUCUUGUUGUUUCAGACAUGCAAAAAACGGUUUCUAAGGCGACUUCAAUUUGACAAUAUAAAUUUUAUAAAAUUUUAAAACAUUGAAACGCUUAUCCUCGUACUAAUUUGUAAAUGCAAAAAUUUACAGCCCUUUUUGCACUGCGUUAAACAAAUACCAAUUCUGAAUGUUUCGCUUUAACAUUUUCCAAUUGAUGUAGCCUCUAAAGAAUUUAAAUGCUAUUUAAAAUUCUGAAUCCAGAUAUCAUUUUCACCUGUUUAAAAGUAAAAUUUGUUUUUCAAUGUUAACAUUGAUUCAACGAUUUAGACAUUUACAAGAUUUUACGUACGUAGGGAUAAUAAUUUAAUUCUUUAUACAAAACUUAGAAAAGUUAGAGAAAUAUCUUUUAAUUUUAAUAAUUUUAAAAUUAUUUUGGGAAUUGUCACUUAUCGAAUAAAAAAACGUACGUUAGCUGUGGUCGUACCUGAAAAGAUCUCUGAGAUCAAGUAGCCUUCGCAAUUGCAUCGAGACCUACAUCCAAUGUGGCUUUUAGGAUUACUUUGCUAACAAAGUUUUGAAACUGUACGCAACCCUAUCGGAACCACCUUGCCUACAAGCUAUAGUUGUGUACAGGCGAUCACUUUUAGGGACAAUCCGAUUUUAGUGGAUUUUAGGAGUUAACUUUGGCGCAGAUUACUUUGGUUUUACGUGCGACGUGUUUUCCUUUUGCCAUUUUCUACGGAGGUACGUGCGACAACUAGUUUCGAUGUAUAUGUGCAAUUGUUAAAAUAGCGCCGGGUCUACAGAAAAACUCGGAUGCUGGCAAAAAAUACAGGAUAAUACAGUAGUUUCCAACGUUGAUGUUUGUGAUGUAGGAUGCUUCGAGACUGCGAAGAAACGGGCGAAUUAAUAAGUAAUAAAUCUGUUAUCUCAUCAGAGCGCGCCCCUCCCAACAGGGGCGAAACAUUUCAAGAUAGUUCGUAGGAGGCAAGCGAUACCCACGUAGGGAUGGGCAUUAAUCAGUUCUACCGAUUAUCACGGACAAUCGGUCACGUUAAUCGUGAAGUACGUUUUACGAAACAUGCGAAGAUUCAACAAGCUUUAAAAAAAAAAAGAUCAAAUUUGAAUUACAAUCAAGUAAAGCACAAAAUCAUGAUAAGAUCAAGAUGACAUCACGUACAAGUUAUUUUAAGAAAAAUCACUAUAAUUUUGUGAUGAUUUCUUAAUAUGACAAUAACUUGAAAGUGAUUUUUUGAAAAUCAAUACAAAACGUCAUUAAAAGUGAAUCGAGUGAGAUCGUAAUAAUUUUUUCUAAAGUAACUUCUACUUGAUCUUACUAUGAUUUUGUGUUUUAUCUGGAAAAUGCUUGAAAGUCGAAUAAGAUAAAUGAAAACAAUAACUAAAUGUUCAUAUCUUUCGCGCAAAUAUUUUGUAUUCACGAGUUUUAGAAUUACGUACAGUUCAAACAGUAGUUGAGCAGCAACUAAACACACGUUUGGUAUGUAUAUAUGUACAUACUACAUACCACUAAAUUCAUCCAACAAAUUAACUUUGAUCGUUUCUGAGUUGUUAUUCAACUAUUGACUCUGCCGUAAUUCAUUCGGAGUACGUGGAGUUUGAAGAGUUAUUUCUGCACGUCAGUCAUUGGCGCGUAAGACGAACUAACUGAGAAAAAUAAUCUGUCAACAACUGAUUAAGCAGAAGAAAUUAGAAAGAAAUUAGUUUGUCGAUACAAGAUCCAUCGAUUUUGCCCGUCCCUACCUUCCUCCUUGUUAGUUACGCUUUUGGCUAGCGUUGCUCGCGAUUACCCGGGUAACUCACACGAAUCUCCCAUUCGCGCGACUCCCGAUUAUUAUUACUAAAAAGCCCGGUUAAGGGAGAGAUAUUUUUGACGGCACUUUUGUAUUGAUAAAAUCAGGGCGAUUCCUUGGAAAUAUUCACGCGCAUUCCGAAGCGCGAUCGGUGUACCUCAUACAUCGGGGGGAGGGGGGGAGAAAGGAAAUGAUGUUACGUUAUAUCUGAUAGUCUGCUGUUGUUAACAAUAAUAUAGAAACAUGAGUCAAAUUCACGCGCGAAUUUGCUCAGUACACUCGGAGAGUGUGCGCCGUUAUAAUGUAAAAAAAAAAGAAAAAAAGAGAAAAAAAAGAAAAAGAGGAAAGGACAAACCAUGUUGUGUUUAAACCAAGUUUAGUGUUGAGCAUCGCUCGCUAUGUCCGGGAAGUUUGUCGCGCGGAAAGUAUUCGUCCUUAGCGCGGCUUAAGGCAGAGAAGAGCCAACCGAGCGAAAUUGCCGCUCGUCGGGAUGAACGUUAUUAAGUGGUCAGUAUAACGGCGAGGAUUUAACUAGCUUUUUUUGGAAAAGAACGGGUAGACGAAGAAGACUCAAUUUAGUCCGCUAUGUGACGUUUCUGGGUUUUUUUUGGGGGGGGGGUUUCCACUUUUAAUGGUUUCAAAAGAUCAAUUUUUUGCCGAUUUUUAUUUUCACAUGUGUGUAUCUUUGUAAAAAGAUUUUUUUAAAUUUGUAAUAUUAACGAAUAUAAGUAAAAUUAAAAUUUUAAACGCAUUUUCUCGAAACCAUGUUUCUCGACCUUGUGGAAGUGAUGAUUAGAAAACUAAUUGCAAUAGUUUCUUGAUCUCUUUAUCCUCUUGGUCAUAGCACUUAUGCGUAUGGCAUGAACUCCAAUUAAGUUUUUACAACAAAAAAUUCAAUUUCUUGUAAAUGAAAAAAUAACAGACUUUUUUCACUAAAAUUAAUUUUUCUUUUAAUUUAAAUGCUAUCAUUUUUAUAAAUUUGUCUUUAUUUGUCGCAAUUGACGUCGUUUUAGUUCUUACUAUGACAAUUACUCAUAUAAUUAAUAGAAAUCAAAGUAAUUUUGAUUUUGGAUAAUUUGCAAAAGCUGAAUCACUUCCACAAUGGAGGCGUAUUUUUUCGAUAGCUCUUAAUUGUUAUUUUGAGGUAUAAUACAUUUUUUUACAAUACAAAACAUUUUUUUUUGCUAUUCAAGUGAUAAUUUCAGACAACAAUCCACAUCUUUUUAUGUAUAACGGAUUUUCUUUAAAAGAAAUUCAUGUAGGCUAAUUUUACGGCCGAUAAAGGUAAAAGGUUUCUUAAUUGUAUUCGUUCUUUUGGUUUUUUACUUUCCGCGAGUUCUGGUCGCGCGAUGACGCCGGCUAAUGCUGACUCUUACAGGUAUUUAGUAGAGCAUUGGCCAAUUAGAGUGCUAUCAACAGUGCUUUUAACAUUUAAAAUAAGUAAUUAAUUGGUCGGCAUUAAGAUUCCGUAAGGGUGGAUUGCACUCAUAAAAUCGCAAACUUACAUAUCGCAGUCGACGACGCCGACGUAGUGCGACGAAGGCUCUCCCCUCGAGUAGCUUCCCGUGCAUGAGCGAUGCUUUAGUGACGUUCCCUCGCAUAUGAACGAUCGCUGGGAUACCGCGGAUAGCAGGAUAGCGCAUCGAGAGCCGACAGCACGUUUCUUUCUUGUGUGUAUAUUUGACAUGAUGAAAUGGAGAGAAAGUGAAUGAGAGAGAAAGAGAGAGAGAGAGAGAGAGAGAGAGAAAGAGAUAUAAAGAAAAGUAUCGUUAUUAAAGAAUUUACCUGUUUACCUCCCACCCCGCUCCCCCACCUCAUCGUACCCCCAUUUCCCGCACCUUCCUUUUGCAAUCGCGACAGAUAUAUCCCGGAAAUAUUUUUACAUUUUAAGCGUUACAUUUGGAUCGAAGGUGUUGCCGAUUUUUCGUAAUUACAAUAGUCUUCUACCGCGCACGCGGAAGAGAGGGGAUACCGUAGAGAUUAGCGAAACACGGAGCGAGUAUAAAAUAGUCUAUUAUAUAUACGUAUAUAUGUAUGUGUAUAUACAUGCAUGUAUCCAUGUACAUAUACAUGUAUAUGUACACGCAACAUUGUGAGUAAAUGGUUAUACUGAUAUAUUAUUAUGCGGAAGUAUCGAGUAGCACAAGGAUUAGAUUAAUAUUUGUAUGUCGUAGCCUGUAUACAUUGUAUAUAAGAUACAAGAGUGUUUCCCGGUUUACGUAUCACGUUAAAAUGAUGGUAUAUAAGCAUGGAUACUUCGAAGUUCGUUAUCGUAAGAAUUUAGCAGAACGCCCCUUUCCCCUUUCUCCCUUUUGCUGUUUAACACCGUCAAAUACAGUAGGAUCGUUUCUAGCGUUUCCGCGUAUUACAGGGUGUUAAAAAAAAGCGUAAAAGAUACGAUCCUCUAUCUCCUCAAUCGCUCUACCUCCUCAAUCGCUAUCGAGUUCGCUACAUGCACUUCAAAGUUGUUCCCUUCACACCCCUUUUGUUAUGCUUAUAGAUAGAUUUUUCACAAUGAUGACAAAAUGUAUCAACUCGCCAUCUUUCACGUUGCUCACUUCUUCUGUUCUUGAAUUUGGUUAUAGUUAAUCCGACUUUUUUAUUUCAUCGCAAGCAUAAUAAAUGUGAUUAAAGGGAUAUUAUACACUUAAACGGGGUCUAACUUUGUAAAUUUUUUGCAGGAAGAUGGAAAGAAAUGAAAAAAUGUUUAUUUAAUUGUAAACAUCAUGCCUUUCUCUCUAUUCAGUAUUUAAAAUUUAUUUAAAAAGUUAUAUAAAAUGGAGUAGUUCUUAAACAUUUUCUCAAAUCAGGCUUUUAGAAACGGUGUGUUCAUGACCACUGCUGCUUUUGCAGGACUCAUAAAAAAAAUGAAAUAAACUUUAUAAAGUUGAAACUUGGAGCUAGUGCUUGACGUCGUUUUCCAAAAUAUUGCGUUCAAGCGUAAGGGCAGCUGAUUAGCGAUUUUCUACUUAUAAAUUAUUUCGCUCGUUUUUUGGCUGUGAUAAAAAACUAGCAUUAUAAAAUAAUUCUACGUCAAGCAUUAGUUUUUAGUGUCUUGAAAAAGUGUGCGAAAUAGCAGAUCGAUUGGUCGAGGCAAGAUACUAUAUAAUCGUCACCCGUUUUUAAAAUUUGAUUACUACGGCCGUAUUCAGCAGACACAACAGUUUAAUACCCUUUCUAGAUUUUCCAUUGAAUUUCAACGUUGAUUUAUUGCUUCUAAAAGUAAGAACUAAUCACGCGCAAUUGUUACUAAGCGAUGCGUUCUGCUGAAUGCGUCUAAUGGAAUUACAAUGGAAUAAACACGACUUCUGUCUGACCCUUUUCGUUUCUCCACGCAAAAAUCGCAAAGCCAGAUCGCGUUUUGAUCCGCUUAGGUGUACACCUUUAAUUAAAGCGCUUUUGUUUGCCCCUAAGAACAGCGAUUUUUUUGGCCAUUUCACGAACGAUCAUAAUACCUGAAGAUAUAAUAAGGUGCCAAAAGAAUAACACGUAAGAUCACUCUUCAAUCACGUCAUGCAUGUAUGCUUUGACAAAGGAAAAGAGAUAAUUAUGUUUAACGUGCGAUUCGAUUAAGGGAAUAAGAUACAUUUGCAUUUCGAUCUUUUGUACACCAUGUACCACCGAUGUAUAGAGUAGAAUAACGAUUUGCACGUAGCGAGGCGACGACAAAUCGACGUUCUUCAAAUAAAUUUGCAUUCCCGCUUGAGUUUUUUUCCGCACUGUUCUCCGUUCAAUUUUUCUUCUUUUUACGGAUAUAUACAUGUAUGUGUAUUUUUUGCACUAUAUGUAUAAUAAACUCAAAAUGCGGACGUGGAUAGAUAAAAAUUUGCCUAAUCUUUCUAUAUACUGGAAUCUAUCAUUCAAUAAACUACAGCCAGUCUCGCUCGUUAAAUUUGGCUGUAUAUUUUUUUUACUUCGAUUAAUUUUUUUAUGGAAGAUAAUCAAUUUAUUGUUAGUUGCAUUUCUUGUUUAAUCAGUUUUGCAUCGAUUCGUCAUUCGCGUGACUACCUCUCACGCAAGUGAAACACAUUUCGUCGCGUCAACAAUUAUUUUGAGUGAACGUGGUUUUGAACGCAAAGAGCGUCCGACUUAUAAUUUAGUUUUGGUGGAAACGCAGCCACCAUAUUCAUUUGAGAAAUCACAAAGAACUUCUUAACGCAAAAAUUCCAGUCCUACUCUCUACAUCUUCCAAUUUGGUAUUUUUCGUUUCAGGAGGACUAUAACUGAAUCUGUUUCCGCGACGAUUUAUUCGCAAUUUUUCCAUCGUCCUCUUCAACGUCUAGAUAAUCUGUCACACUUAUUUCCUUUCUCAUCUUUUGACCUUUACAUUACCAUGGUUUUAACGUUUGUUAUAGACUGGGUUGAACGUGUAAUAUUUAAGUAUUUAGUGUAAAGCGAAAUGUGUGUGUUAGACAUACUAAUCCGUAUCGUGAUACAUAUAUGUCGAAGCGUAGUCAUAGUAUACAACAUAGUUGACGAUAAGUUGAAAGGGUUAUGGAUAAACGUGCGAGGCGAUUGCGGCGGAUAUACCAGAGAACGUUCGAUGUUCGACCUUAUGUUUGCGCAGGCUUGCAAAAUAUAUUAAUUCUAAGUACUUUAGGGUGACGGAGGCGGGAAGAAGAAUCGGGAGUACCACUAGCGAAUAGUGUAUGCGAUAGUACGAAGUGGAAAGUGACGUGGGCCUUAUAUCAUGGAUUACCUCAAUUGUAAGCAGCUUAAAAAAUGCAAUUUCUUGCACGUGAUGAUGUCAAAACUGAUGAUUUCAAACGAAGAAAUGUACCGUGAUUCGUACUAGAUACUAAUAAAGAAGUCAUUUUACCUUCCGAUAGUGGUUCGCUGUUGCACGACAUUCCUUCUGAAUGGUGUGCAUACGUAUAUUGUGCUAUCGAGCCCGGUAAUCAGGGACUCGUCUUCAAUUCUGUGCAUUCGGUCAAUUUUUAUACUUGCUCCGAUAUCAUCCGAGUGAAUGCAAAAGAAGCAAAGACGUGAGCUCGAUGAAAACCGAAUUUUUCCUUCGGAUCUUUCUCCCUUGGUAAAACAUUCAAGAAAGUUUAUUAUGUAUGCAAUUUCUUUUUUUUUUCAUAUUUUCGACAUUUAUAUUUAAUUUAGACAAACAACAAAAAGUAUUAUUUUAUUCCUAAUCGAUAUGAAAACUUGUGGAAGACCAUAGUUUUUUUUGUUGCACCUCUUGAAGUUUCCUUUGCGAGAAAUUUUUCGGAUAAUGUUGGAGCAAAAUGAGGCUAGUAAAUUGAGAAACAUGCAUACCAUUUUAUACUGAGAUAAAUCUUCCUGUAAAUCAAGCAAGCAAAAUUUAAUUUCUGUUACGAAAUGAAUUGUUAGAACAGUUUAUUGAUUAUUGAGCCAAAAGUGUUAAAUGUUAUUUGACGAAGGACACAUUUUGGAAUGAUUGCCUAAGUAAAACUGCUAAGUAGUCAUUUGGAGUGACGGCGGAGAGAAGUGUUUGUCCACAUUAAUUAUACCUUGAUAAUUAAACUUUUUACAGCCAUUUUAUUGAUCGUUUUUGUAAAUUUUCUGUUUUAUGUGCCUAUCAAAUUCUAAAUGUAAAAUAUUCUAAUAUACUAGUGAAUUUUUAGUUUCUUUUAAUUUUUUUAAAGCUUCUCUUUGAAACAUAAAUAGAAAUAUCAUUACGUUAGCCAUGAAUGUUAAAUCAACAUAAUAUAAAUCAAGUAUUUUGCUCAAGUUAAAUUUUAGUGGACAAUAUAAAUUAUUUUUCCAAUCUUAUCUUCGACAAUGAAUUUUUUAUUAUUCUCUGAAAUAUCGAUAGAAUAAUAAAUUGAAUGUUCUCGAUAUGUCUACUCGCAUUUUGGAAUAUUAUUAAUUAACAGGUGAGAAUAAGUUUGUCAAUCUUGAGAAUUAGCCUGAAGUUGCACACAUUUUUUGUUAUUGUUGUCUCACGACAGACAACGAUCAGUGAUAGUAUGUUAAUGUUAUUUUAAGAAAUAUAUGUGGAUCAACACUACUUAUUCGUAGCACAUUUUUAUUCUCUGUCAAAUAGCACGCUCUGCGACAGUGAACCAGCAACAUAUCUCUGCAUACGUGUAUGUACAUAUAUAUAAAUAUAUAUACAUAUAUAUCAUAAGUGUUAAGUCAAUGCACAAUUAUGUAGGCACAUCAGCGAGCGCCGAUGGAUGCAAUCAAUUUUUCGUGUAUGAAUCAUAAGCUUAUCAAAACGUCGGAAAGGUGGUUUUAGCAGGAUCAAUCCGGAGAUUCGAUAUUGUAAUUAAUAGCUUCCGAUCCGUCUGUGUUGCUUAAAAAAAAAAAACGUGUAAUACGAGUAGCCAGAGCGCCGCAGAGGAAACAGAACGCAUCCAAAUGAAUUGUUUGAUGGAAAGAGAGAGCAGAUAUAAAGAUUUUAUUCUUGAAAUCCGAGUCGCGUUUUAUGUACAUCCUCCUGAGACCUGACGCUACAUUUUUAGUAAUAUGCAUGUUAAUAUCAUUUUGGUAUUAUAUAGUUUAGGAUCCCAAGAAGUAGUGAUGAUUUAGCGUAAGUUGUAGCUUAUUUAUUUUUACAGCAUAUAAUACGCAUUUUACUUUUCUUAUAAGAAUUACGCCAAAAUGCAUAUAUCAUCCCAAUAUUCACAUACGUUACGUGGUAUAAAUAUAAAUAUUUGAGCAACAAAAAUCGAAUUAUUAUAUACAUUUUUUAAAUGUACUUUAUCACAUAUUAUUAUAUGCUUUUAUCCACGAAAAAUAAAGAGGAAGAAAAAGAGAGAGAGAGAGAGAGAGAGAGAGAGAGAGAGAGAGAGAGGAAAAAAUAGAAAAGUGGCAUAAAAGAUGGAAUGAUAAACAGAAUACUUAUAUAAUACUUGUAAAUUCCACGAUUUCUAACCUGUCAAUUGCAAAAGUUGCGUUUACAUUUAUUGCUACCUAUCUGUCAUCCUUGCUAAGAAAAAUGUGGCAGUUUCAUAAUGCAAACCGUUUAAAUUUUUAUACAGCCGGAACGUAAGAAAUAAAUUGUUUAUUAAACGUGAAAAGAAAUAAAAAUGUAAUGUACAAGUAUGCUGAGUCUCGGGAGGAUAUUUUAAAUCCGAAUUCAUUUUAUGACUGGAUACAUAAUUGAUUUUGGCUGUUUUUUCCCCUUACUGCUACCUAAAACCGCGCAAAACGUGUCAGCGCGAUAACAUUAUUACUGAAGGUAACUUGAACACACGAUAUUAAGAAACAAAUUGUAUAUCCCUACAAUAAAGACCUAAGCCUUUACCUGUA